AUGGAUGCCAUCACAGAACUCCUCCGCGCCAGAGCUCUCACAGAUCACAAAGCGCGUAUUCCCAUCGACAGGCUAGUUGCCGAACACCGCACGCACUUGGUGCGCGCCAUCAGCAUUGUGCUGUCUACCGAGCUCGCCCUGUUCACAUACGCUCUGUUCACAUACGCUCAGAUCAUCGACGGCCUUCCCACCGGAGAGGUCGCAUGGGACGUGAGAAGCCCUCUCCUACAAGGGGAGCAUCCGCUGGCAACUGAGCACGAAGAACUCUGCCCCGGAGCAAUGGAAAAAGCACGCGAGGUCUGCCCGAAGUGGGAUACGGAGAUGCUUAGGUUCAGCCUCCAGGUGCUCAAUGCAUAUCAAGAAGCGGCUCCCGGCAGCAAGCUGUUCGCAACCCGUCUCAUUGAGAUGGUAGCCGUCGCAAUCCACGAGUUCGGUGUGGCCGACGUUGUGGGCUAUUGGGCAAAGAACCGGAUUCUCGGCGGCGUCGUUGUCUUUGAGUGUCGGGCAGAGGAAUGCGACGGCCACAACUCCAAUUACAGUAACCCAGACCCACCAAAUAUCUACCUCUCUCCCUCCCGAGCCAAAGUCACAGUAAGGGUUACGCAGCUCCGCGAUGAGCAGCAGCAGAAACUGGUCGACUUUUUGCUGCUCGAAGAUGCAAGCAAGGCGGCUGAAUCAAGCCCGCUGCCCAUUCUUGUGGACAAGAAGAAUCUCAAACGGUUCAAGCUGGAGUCAUCCAUCGGCAAAUAUGGGAUAUUUCGAGAUAUAGAGGAGCGAAAGCCACUGGACCGGGAGGCCCUCAGGUAUCUCAACAGGCGGCCAGGCUCCGAGCUUGACGAUCCUUGGGCCUUUGGCCUUAUGGUCAUUACCAACAUUGUGUCGGGGAACCCGUUGCCGGCAGGCAUGAAAAGGCGCCUGGAGGAUGAAGAGCCAGGGCUCGCGGAGGUUUAUAAGAAGGUAAAGUUGGAGGUCGAGUCGAGGGACGAUAGCGAAACACAGGAUGGAAAAGGGAAGGAAAAGGACGACGCCGGGAAGGGGCUGGAUGGUAAAGAAGAGGAAGGCGGCUCACGACAUAAGGUUACUAAGGUGGUCCAAUCGGAUGAGAAGAACACAAAGCGCAAGAUAGCAACUAAGCGCGCGAAAAAACGGAAAAGCGAAGACGGAGUGGAGAUUAAAAGUGUAGAUAAGUUCUUAAAAAGCAUGCUGGGCUCCUCUGAACAACCAGAUACGUGGGACCUAUAG